AUGACAAAGUUUUAUAAGGAAUAUUUGGGGGGAAGUUAUUAUUUUAGCAAAACAUUUUCAUAUAUAAUAUCAUAUGUUUAUAAUAAAGAUAAUUUUUUUAAAAAGAGAGCACUUAAAUAUGAUUUAUUUAGUAAUUACAAAAAUAGUUUUCUCUUGAAAAAAAAAAGAAAUAUAAAUGUGAGUAAGAGAAAAAAUAUAGUUGUUCAUUUUCCUACUAGUGAAAUUUGUUAUUUUUAUUAUCACUAUUUUUUAUAUAUUUUAAUACCACAAUUUACUUUUUUAAAUAAUUAUGAAAAAAAAAAAAUAAUUGACAACAUUUAUCUAAUUACCAACAAAAUAAAUGAUAGUACAACAACUCAUAUAUAUAAUAAAAUAAAGGCAGAGAAUUUUAACAUAAUUUUUUGUAGUAGUAUUUUACCACGAGAAAAAUAUGAUUAUAUUAAUAAUUUGACAUUAUUUUUGGAAAAUAAUUUUUUUCUAGACCUAUACAAUAAAGAACCCAAUCUCGAUAAUGAACAAAUAAAUCAGACCAAAGAGAAGGAUAACUACAACAUUAGACAUAAUAAAGGACGGAAAGAAAAUAGUCAUAAAAAUCGUAGAAAAAAUAACUUAACAUUUUUCAAUCCAAAUGAAAUAAACACAUUUUAUAGCAACUUUUUAUAUGUCUCGUACACUUUUAAUAAUUGUUUUAAACAAAAUAGGAUUGCAAUCGUUCGAAGGAAAAAUAUAUUUAACGCAUUUAUAAAAUAUAAUAGUAUAGUUGAAAAUAUUAAUUCAAAAAUACAUUGGAUAAAUCACUAUUCCUUUUAUGAAUUUUAUUCUAAAGCAUAUGUUAGUUUUGUUAAUUAUAGGAUGACCAUCCUUCAGAAUAUUGUAGAUACACAUUUUGAAAACUUAAGAAAAAAUAUAAAUAAAAAAAUAUGCUUGAAAAAAAAUAAUAAUACAAACAUAUUACGUCUAUUCUUAAAAUAUAAAGAUGUUUUAUUAAAUUCGAACAUAUUUUUUAAUUUUGCUAAACAAAUAAUAUAUUUAGAUUUUAAGGAUGCUGCUAAUUUGUAUAUAAAAUAUUUGGAAGCCCUUGAAAAAACUUCUAUGUUGUCAAAAAAACAAAAUUCCAUAUCUUUAUCACUACUCAUAAAUAAUGGUGAUAAAAAUUAUAUAGAUAACAUAUGUAGGUAUAAUAAAAAAAUGUUAAUUAAAGAAAUCCAAAAAUGUAUUAAUAUACACAUAUGGAAUAAUAAUAAAAAAAUAUCAUUUUAUUCAGGAUUAAAGAAUAUUAAAUUUCGAAAAAUUUAUAAUUAA